AUGGGAAAUCUCCACGCCUACAUUUACGGACGCACGCACUCAUUCCGCGAUGUAAUUCGCUCUACAAACAUACAGCGCGUGCUGCCGAAGCUCGUGUGGUGGAUGAACAGCUUCACGCGUGCACGAGGAGUGGACACACUGGAGCCAGCGCUGGUGGAGCUACCUGAAGGAGAAUGUGUCAAGAAAAUUGUAUGCUCUACGGCAUUGACAUUCCUUCUAACAGAGAGUGGCAAGCUGUUCACACUGGGUGCCAACAGCUACGGCCAGUGUGGCAUCGGAGAGGAGGGUGUCAGUGUCCAGCUACCUACGCACGUGAACAUCGACGGUGAUGAAAUUGUGGACAUUGCUGCAGGCUACCAGCAUGGCCUUGCUGUGACAAAAAACGGCACGGUAUUUACCUGGGGCAAGGGUGAACGAGGCCAACUUGGCUUCGGCACGGGCAACGCCGAUGCCCCUCAAGAACUGAUUGCGUUGAAGGGCAAGAAGAUCGCCAAAGUGGGCGCUGGAUUUAACCACUCUUGCGCUGUUUCAGAUGACGGCGAGCUGUUCCUGUGGGGUAAGCUGUUGAACCCUAAAGGAAAAACCGAGACAAACGGUGAUCAGAUCACCCCACGACUCGUACGCACUAGCGACGCAGUGAAGCUCUUAAAGUGCAGUCAGUUCCACACGACUUUUAUUACUGCCGAUGAGAAGAUCUGGCUCGCGGGUCGCACGCCUUCGGGUCGUCAGGAAAGGAACGAUUUUGCCCACGUGGCUUCGCAAAUGCACACGACUCCGAUGCAGAUCACCAACGAGCAGGUUGUGCGUACGAAGGACAUCGUGAAAAUCGGCCAGGGUGUCGAUAAAUCCUCUUUCGUCACUGCCGACGGUCGAGCGUUUGAAUGGAACUUCCAGUCUGGAAUCCACCCGGUGCAAGAGCUUGCAGACCUGAAGGUGAAGUCUUUAGAGAGUGGCUUCCACUACCGCCUUCUACUAGCCCAGCCGAAACAUUAG